AUGAAAUAUACUAAGGGUGAAACCAACCAAGAAUGUGAAGCAUGCACAAGAGCAAAGAUGCAUCGAAUACCUGUCCCAAAACAAAGCUCUAAUAGAACGACUCAACCGCUGGAAUUAAUUCACAGUGAUGUAUGCGGACCAAUGAACACUGACUCCAUUGGUGGAAGUAAGUACAUUUUAACAUUUACUGAUGAUUACACUAGAUAUGUAACAGUUUAUUUUCUGAAAAAUAAGUCAGAGGUUUAUGAGAAAUUCCAAGAAUAUGUUAGCAUGGUUGAAAACUUUACUGGGUUGAAAGUAAAAACAUUGCGAACAGACAAUGGUGGAGAAUAUGUUUCUAAUGAUUUCUCCAAAUAUUGUGUAAAUAAAGGAAUUGUACAUCAGUACAGUAAUCCUUACACUCCACAGCAAAAUGGUGUUUCGGAAAGAUUAAAUCGAACACUCAUGGAAUCUGCCAAGUCCAUGAUAUUUUAUGCGAACAUGCCGAUCAACUUUUGGGCAGAAGCUGUCAACACAGCUGUGUACUUACACAAUAGAAGUCCCACUACAUCCCUAAAUAUGAAAACACCUUAUGAAGUCUGGUUCAGUAAAAAGCCAGAUGUGUCAAACCUGAAAGUAUUUGGAUCAGUUUGUUUCAUCCAUACACCCAGCAAUCUACGACGAAAGCUUGACCCUAGAUCGCGAAAAGCUGUAUUUAUUGGGUAUCCACUCAACACGAAGGGUUAUAAACUAUAUGAUAUAGAAUCAAAGAAUUUCGUGCGAAGUAAAGAUGUAGGAUUCUAUGAAAACAAGUUUCAUGAUUUUAAAGUAGUCACUAAAGAGCUAAUCAUACGAGAAGAUGUUCCAGAAGAAAAAUUAAGUGUUGAUCAUGAACAACACCAUGAUGCUGAAGAUCAAGUCCCUGUACCGACUGUACCUGACAUUGAGGACGAAGAAAAUUUGCCAGCAGUGGGAGAAUCAUACGAAGAAAGUUUCAUGAAGCAAGUAGAAAAUCUCGAGACAAAGAGACAGAGAAAAGCACCAAAGAAAUUUAGUCCAGACGAGUGCAAUAUUACUGAAUCCUUGACUGCAGAAAACGAAGAGCCACAAUCAAUAAGUGAAGCCUUGAACGGUGCAAAUGCAAGCAAAUGGAAACAAGCAUUAAAAGAAGAAUACAAUUCACUAAUUAGUAAUGAAACAUGGGAAUUGGUACCACCACCGGAAGGGUGUAAUGUCAUUGGAUCGAAAUGGGUGAUGAAAAUCAAACGUGAUGCAGAUGGGAAUGUUGACCGACAUAAAGCACGGCUUGUUGCUCAGGGAUAUUCACAGACACCCGGAAUCAAUUACGAGGAAGUCUUUUCACCUGUUGCAAGACAUUCUAGUAUAAGAACGCUAUUAGCUUUGGCAAACAAGCACAACUUAGAAAUUCAUCAGAUGGAUGUCAAGACAGCAUUUUUAAAUGGCUACAUAGAACAUGAUAUCUACAUGUCCCAACCAGACGGAUUCGUUGACCAAGAACAUCCAGAAUACGUUUGCAAGCUUAAGAAGAGCUUAUACGGACUUAAGCAAUCAGCGAGGUGUUGGAACCAAACACUCGAUAGUUUUCUGACGAAAAACGGUUAUAGAAAGAGCAAUGCAGAUAAUUGCAUUUAUGUGAAAUCCAUAACGAAUGACAAUGGAUUCAUAAGUUUUGUGAUUUUGGCUGUGUACGUUGACGACAUAAUUCCUAUCUCAAACGACAUCAACAUGUUAAACGCAGAGAAGGACUUGUUAUGUAAGCAUUUUGAAAUGACGGAUCAAGGAGAAAUUCAUUUUAUUCUCGGAAUGACAAUUAAGCGUGACAGAGAAACCAAAACGCUAUUCAUCAGUCAACAGAAGUAUCUAGAGAGCGUGUUGGACAGAUUUGGUAUGGCUAAUUGCAAACCGAUCUCUACUCCUCUUGAAACAACUUACCAUAAGCGAACGGAAGAAGAAGAAGGAUUUGAUAAGAAUUUAUAUCAACAGGCUAUAGGAUGUUUGACAUACAUCUCGACAGCGACAAGACCAGACAUUUCUGCUGCAGUUAGUAUAUUGUCUUCAUACAUGUCAAAUCCCAGCAAGGAACAUCGGAAUGGAGUCAAAAGACUUCUAAGAUACAUAAAAGGAACUUUAAAUUUUGGAUUGAAAUUUACAACGAGUGAAAAUGAUGAUGAGAAUGGAGACAAGUUGUAUGGUUAUUCUGACGCCAACUGGGCAGGAGACGUUGAUUCUAGACGUUCAACCUCAGGUUAUGUUUUUAAAGUCGCAAAUAGUACCGUAAGCUGGUGUAGCAAGAAACAAGCGAGUGUGACGAAAUCAACUACCGAAGCGGAAUACGUAGCAUUAAGCCAAGCAACGCAAGAAGCAAUUUGGAUGAGGCGAUUAUUAUCAGAUAUUGGUUGUAAAAGUGAAGAACCCACCACAAUGUACGAAGACAACCAGGGAGCUAUUGAAAGUUCCAAGAACGCAAGAUUUCAUAACAGGACAAAGCAUAUAGACGUCCGGUUUCACUUCGUAAGAGAAAAAGUAUUAUCAAAUGAAGUUAAAGUUAUCUAUUGUCCAACUGAACAUAUGUUAGCGGACAUAAUGACAAAGGGAUUAACAAAGAAGAUAUUUCAAAGACUAAGAAGCAUGUUGAAUGUUUGUUCAUACUAA